AUGUCUAAUAGCACGGAUGUACUACCAGGCAUCUCCGAGUUCCGACCUCUGCUUAGUCAGAGCGUCGGAUAUGGUGUGGUCGUCGGCAUCGGAUUCCUCUUCGCAGCCUUGAUGCUGUUCUUGACGACCAUUCAAGCUAAGUUCUCUAAAUUCUCCCCCGGGUUAUCGGAGGAGUUCACGACCGCCUCAAGAAGUGUGAAGCCGGGGCUCGUGUGCUGUGGAAUUGUAAGUGCAUGGACAUGGAGUGCCACGCUCUUGCAGUCGAGUACUGCUGCCUACACCUUUGGUGUGAGCGGUCCGUGGUGGUACGGCGUUGGCGGAACUAUUCAGGUCGCAUUCUUUGGCAUGGUCGCCGCGAAAGUGAAGAUGAACGCGAAUGGCGCGCAUACGUUCCUCGAGAUCGUGAAGGCGCGGUUUGGUGCCCCAGCACAUAUUCUAUUUACAUUUUACGGUUUCCUCUGUAUUCUCGUCGUUUGCGGGUCAUUGCUCCUCGGAGGCGCAGCAACCGUGAAUGCAAUCACCGGGAUGCCCAUCAUCGCAGCAUGCUUCCUCCUCCCGAUCGGCAUCGCUGUCUACGUCGUCUUCGGCGGGCUCCGCGCGACUUUCGUGUGCGACUGGGUGCACACGGUCGUGCUCUUCGUCAUCAUAUUCACCUUCCUCUUCCGCACUUACACCACGUCGGACCUCACGUCUCCCCCCACAAACAUGUAUCAGCUGUUGAGCGCUGCCGCGUCCCAGACGCCAGUGGUGGGGAACGAAGCGGGGAGCUACCUGACCAUGAAGAGCAACCAGGGCUUGGUUUUCGGCGCUGCGACCAUCCUGAGCGGCUUCUCCGGAGUGUUCUGCGACCAAGGAUACUGGCAAAGAGCGAUAGCGUCGCAUCCAGCGUCGACAACCAAAGCCUACAUGCUCGGCGGCCUUUCAUGGUUCGCCAUCCCAUGGGGCUUUGCCUCUUGCCUGGGUCUUGCCGCUAGGGCCCUGCAAAGUAACCCUGCGUUCCCGACAUACCCUAACCCGUUGUCAGCUGCACAGUCCAGCGCUGGAUUGGCUGCACCCGCAGCUGCAGUUGUCCUCAUGGGGAAGGGAGGUGCUGUGGCGAUUUUGCUGGUCGUCUUCAUGGCGGUGACGUCUGCUGCAAGCUCUGAAUUGAUAGCGGUAUCCAGUCUAUUCUCCUACGAUAUCUACCGCACCUAUUGGCGUCCUAAUGCCUCCGGUGCUGAGAUCGUCCGUGUGUCCCACAUGUUCAUUUGCUUCUGGGCCAUUUGGAUGGGAUGCUGGGCGACAAUCUUGAACAAGGCUGGGAUUGAUCUCGGUUGGCUUUUCUACGUCCAGGGUGUCGUGCUAAGCCCGGCCGUGAUCCCGAUUGCUCUUACCGUUACAUGGAGUAAACUCACCAAAACGGGCGUCUUCUGUGGCUCCAUCAUAGGAGCCUGCCUGGGGAUGGCGGCGUGGAUGGUCGGCUGCCUAAAAAUCUAUGGCUCGAUCACGAUCACCAACCUGGCCAUGCCAUACUCCGCCGUAUGUAGUGGCUUGACGGGACUGUUGUUCUCCGGUCUAAUUACUGUGGGGGUCUCGCUACUGAACCCUGCGGACUACGACUUCUCUGGUACCCGAAACAUUGCCAUGCUGGAUGGCGUGCCGCCCGAGGAACCGCGAGGUGCGGACGAAGAAUCACGCCCCAAAGAGACUAGUAUCGACGAAGAGAAAGAUAUGGAGAAGGCUGACAUGGACGUGGCUACCGUGCAGCCGGUCGCUUCCAGCGCAGCUUCUACUGAUCAGAAGGACGACCUCAGCAGGGAAGUGCUGAUGAAGGUUUUCAAGAAAGCGGCGUUGUACUCGUCGGUGUUGACGUUCAUCGUCACUAUCCUUGUACCCCUCCCGAUGUUCUUCUCUCACUAUGUCUUCAGUCCGAAGUUUUACACCUUCUGGGUGGCAUGCACAUUGUCAGCAUCAAUCCUCACGCAUAUCUUACCCUAUUACUCAUGA